AUGAAGGCCGUCGUCCAGCGGGUGGCACAGGCCAGUGUCACAGUGGGUGGUGAACAAAUCAGUUCCAUAGGACGAGGCCUCUGUGUGCUGCUGGGCAUAUCUUUGGAGGAUACACAACGAGAGCUGGAGCACAUGGUUCGAAAGAUCCUGAACUUGCGAGUAUUUGAAGAUGAAAGUGGGAAGCACUGGUCCAAAAGUGUGAUGGAUAAACAGUAUGAAGUGUUGUGUGUGAGCCAAUUCACUCUCCAGUGCAUCCUGAAAGGAAACAAACCUGACUACCACAUGGCAAUGCCCACAGAGCAGGCUGAGUGCUUUUAUAACAACUUCCUGGAGCAGCUCAGAAAAGCCUACAAACCAGAGCUUAUUAAAGAUGGCAAGUUUGGUGCCUACAUGCAGGUACAUAUCCAGAAUGAUGGUCCUGUAACAAUAGAACUGGAUUCCCCAGCUGCUACUGUUGACCCUAAACAGCUGACAAAACUUGAAAAACAGCAACAGAGAAAAGAGAAGACCAGAACCAAGGUGCCCUCUGAGUCAAGCAGAGAAAGAAAUGCCCCACGUAACAAGGAGGACCCCAGUGCAAGCAGUGGAGCAGAAGGAGAUGUGUCUUCAGAAAGAGAGCCUUAGCUCCUCCAGAAGUUUCUUACACAGAAGCUACACCGGAUUCAUGAAGAGAGACCCAACAGACAUUCACCUCAGAAACCACUCUUCAGCAGCUUUGGAAAAGAACAGGAAAAUGGGAAAAACAGAACUAAGACAUUAGGAACCUGUCUCAUUCUGUCUCAAACCCACCAAAGCGACGCGGUCAGGCUCGGUUGUUGAUGUGUAGUAGCAGUAGUGAAAGGGACAUUUUUGUGUAUGUGUUUUCACUUGACUGCAGGACAAAGGGUGGCUGUAGGCAGGCUGCAGCAGGACCUUCACCAUCGCUCCAUGAGCUCCAUGUCAAAAAGAUGAAUCAGGGGUUUUCCUUCCAAUUGACACUGGAAUUCUGAAAACUGGGAUCCUGAAGGCAAGCAGCCUUGUGUUUUGAUUUCCCUUGAUGGUUGUCCUGUGCUGCCUGUUCCCACAGCCCUGUUGUGGAUGGGUGUGUCUGGGGGUGUGGUGUUCAGCUCCUACCUUAAGGCCACGUGAGGCAGUCCAGUCUUUCUGCAUGGAUUCAGUUAAUUCAAAGGGAAUGUCAGCCCCUAGGCGUUUUGUUGUGUGGAGCACAUCUGUGUUGUAAACUUUUUUAAAAGCAGAAAAGACUUUAUUAAA